CGAUUGAGAUUGGUGCAGAUUUGCCUUCUGAUGCUGUGAUUGACAAAUGGCUUGGCGAACCAAUCAAAGCAGCUAUUCUGCCCACUAGCAUCUUCCUGACCAAUAAGAAGGGGUUUCCUGUCUUGUCUAAAGCUCACCAGCGAAUUAUAUUCCGGCUUUUCAAGCUGGAGGCACAGUUUAUCUUUACUGGGUCCAGUCGGCACAGUGACAAAGAUUUCCGUUCCUACCUGCAAUACCUGGAGUACCUGAACCAGAACCGCCCACCUCCUAAUGCCUAUGAGCUUUUUGCCAAGGGCUAUGAAGACUAUCUGCAAUCCCCACUGCAGGUCUGUGUCCAGUCACUGUCUACAGAGACAGGCAGAGCUGCAGACAGACAGACAGACAGACAGGCAGAGCUGCAGACAGACAGGUAUAGAGAGACUCACACAGGCACAGACAGACAGGUACAGAGAGACUCCCACAGGCACAGACAGACAGAGCCUCAGACAGACAGGCAGAGCCGCAGACAGCCCCGCGGGGGCGCAGACGUCAGCUGACGCGCGCUCUCCCGCCGCCUCGCUCUCAGGCUGGAGAACUGGCGGUUCGAGGAGUGGGGCGACCAGGUGACCGUGGUGUCGUGCGACAUGCGGGACUGGGCGGCGCCCGAGAAGGCCGACAUCAUCGUCAGCGAGCUGCUGGGGUCCUUCGGGGACAACGAGCUGUCCCCCGAGUGCCUGAACGGAGCGCAGCACUUCCUGAAAGCUGAUGGAGUGAGCAUUCCCUGCUCCUACACCUCCUUCCUGGCGCCACUCUCCUCCUCCAAGCUGUACAACGAGGUGCGCGGGUGCAGGGAGCGCGACCGGGACCCCGACAG